AUCUUGUUUGCCAAACCAAAGCUGGGGGGGGGGGGCGGGGGUGGUUUGGAUCCAGGGCCCAUUUUAUGGGAACCCAGGAAACACACGAAGUUCGAAGCCUGAGGGGGUGGAUCUGCAAAACUGGUGGAGAUUUUCAAUAUGCAAAAUCCGCCCCUGUCCAGUCUGUCUGCAUUUUGUUUGAUGGUUUGUAGCUAUUCCGUACUGCUUCUUGCCCUGCCCAGCGCAGCACCCCCGCCUGCGGUGUCUGAGCACUUCUUCCUUUUCUGCAACCCCCCAGCACGGCCGCAACCAGGGCCGGAAGAGCGGGGCAGCCAACCAGCGCACAAAACUGUGAGCGUGGAAAAAUGGCCCAAAAAUGGAAGGGGACGCAAAUAUACUUGCUUGCCUCAGGUGCUAAGAUGCCUAAUUACAGUGUUCAAGGUGGAGGGAGAGGGGAGGUUUUGUUUGGUUUUGGGAAAAGGUACUGGUUUUGAGCCCAUCUCCUCUUGAAAUGGAGGGGUAGUAGUUACAAAGUAGGAUGGCAGACUAUGAAACACUAUGUUGCCAACUCUUGAGAUUUUAUUGUAUGCCUUACAAUAUUUGGUGUUUUUUCUUAAAUCCCCAGCUUCUGGAGGCAUGCGAUUAGGUGAGAAUCACAGCUUUAAUUAAAAACAAAAAACAAGUUUCUAGUCUCUCACGAUUAGACAAAAUCUUGAAAACAUGACUUAAGAUUACCCUGAAGACUCAAAAACCACAAGGCAAUGAGAAAACUACCCAAAGCAGCUGGAGCCCGGGGCUCUUGCCCUUUCCCCAGGUGAUUCUUUUCAUCUCACUGUUUUGACAUCUACCCUGAAGGUAACGUUGUUUAAAAGGGCAUUCUGAAGAUAAUUUCCAUCAUUUAAACAAUCUCUCCCCUCCCAUGUUAUUUAUAAACAUUUUUCUGAGGCUUGCUAAACCUUUUUUCCCCUUUACCAAAAUAUUUUCCUCUUAUUUUGUAGGUGCAUUAAUAGUUGGGGUUUUGUUUUUUUUAAUACCACAUAUUGAAUACAAAGUACAAAACAAAGAUUUGGAGAGGAAAAAAGUCUCCAGAGCAAACAGGAUGAGUCAAGUACACACAACCAAUAAGCACAAGCACAGAAACUCGUAUAAUGCUCUGAACGUGUAAUAAAGUAAGAGUGCUCUAAAGUAAAUUGUCAUAAUCUGUUUUGGUUAUGGAGUGACUGUGGCACAAGUGCACACUUUAAUUGAGUUCAAACCGACGUGAAGGGAGCAGUGCGAAUAAGGAGACAGAGCACCCUGCUCCUUGAAAAGUUAUAGUCCUUUGAUAUUCUUUGCAAGAGCUUAUUCUGUUCAAAUGAAAAUUCUCCCUUCAGUAGAAUCACAGUCUGUAGCAAUGUAUGACGGAGACCAGUAAAAGGACCUUGAUCCUGCAAAGGCUUAUGCACAUGCUUGAUUAUACAUAUUGUGAGUAGUCCAACUGCAGUAACUUGGACUACUCGCGGCACACAUAAAAUGAAGCAUGUGCAAAAGCGUGUGUAGCAUCAGGGCCUCGGCGGCAUAAAAAUUCUUCUUUCUUGUCCCUGGAUCUAUUUUGCAUUUGUUAACACUUUUAAUGAUAGCUGGAAUCAUAGUCCCAAUUGAGAAGGUAUCCAUUGCAUCAUGAUGCAUUUCUUAAAAUAGGCAGCUUUACACAAUUUAUACAUUUUGGAGAGGAUUAAAUGGAAUUUUUGGCUGCCCAAGGAAUGCUUGACUGAGCAAUCCCAUAGCUAUUCAGCGGGAGUAAUUUAAAACAUAGGUGCUGGACUUACAGGUGCUGGGGUUGCUGCCCCACCUCCUGGCUUAAAGUGGUUUCCAUCAUAUGCAGGGUUUACAGUUUGGUUCAGUGGGGCUCUCCGCACCCCCCCAUACAAUUGUUCCAGCAUCCCCGAUUAAGAGGAAAGCAAAGUACAUGACUCCAGAAAUCUUCAACCACAAAGCACCCCAGGUGCUGGAGCAGCUGGAGCCCGGGGCUCUGGGCACAAUGCUGGUGGUGGAGUUAAAAACGGUGAAAGAAGGUGCUGGGAGGAAAUAUGUGCUGAAGCAGGCAAUGGAUCUGCUGAAACUUCAGCAUUCAAACAUCUGCAUUUACAAAGAAUUGUUUAUCACCUGGGAUAAUAAGAUUUCAUCUCUAUUUCUUUGUCUGGUGAUGCAGCACUCAAGCCAAGGAGACCUUUCAUCUCUGAUCAAGGCAAAAAGGAAGAAGCGAGAGAAAGUAGAAGAUAUGGUAAUUCAGAAGUUCCUGGGGCAGAUGGUGGAUGCUUUGUUUUAUAUACACAAACAAAAUGUUUUUCACAGAAACCUCAAACCGUCUAACAUCCUUUUAACUGAUGAAGUAUCCUUCAUGCUUUGCGAUUUUGGUGUAGAAACUCUUAUGACUGAUGAAAUGAAAUGGAAGAUAAGAGUGGAAGAAGAUCCUGACUCUAAAUCCUGCAUGUCCCCUGAAGCACUCUGCUUUUCCUUUAGUGAGAAGUCUGACAUCUGGUCUUUAGGAUGUAUUCUACUAGACAUGAUGACCUGCUUCUUUCUGAAUGUGAAAGAGACAAAUUCAUUACUGCGGAAUAUUAGAAAGGACACCAGUAGUCUUGAGAGAGUUCUGACAUUAAUGCAGAAAGGGAAUAAAGAUACUCAGCCUUUGUCUCCAAUUUUACUUAUGAUGUUACAGAUUCAGCCCAGUAUGAGACCCUCAGCAAAGGAUCUGGUUGAUAUUCCACAUGUUAUGGAAUGUUUGGCUCUUGCUGGUUCCUCUUUAUCAAAACAGGAAAAAACCUUGCCUUCAGCAAUUGUAGAUGUGCUCCUUGAAGGGGGAAUUGGAAGUGUUUUAGAAUUUAUGGAGACUUACUGGGACAUAGAGCAGGCUCAAGCAAAAGCCAUAAAGCGCCUUGCCAGCUUACUAGAUGAAAAUGCUUUUAUGUAUUUGCUAGAACUUCUGGAUCCUGUCACUUGUGCAAUGAGGACUCAUAUAGAUUCUCUAGAGCUACAGUUAGGUGGCUGCAGAUUACUGCUUGACAUUAUUGGCCAAGCCCUACAACAGAAUGUGGAGGUGGAGAUGCUAGUUGGUGAGGAAGGAAUCAAUUCUCUGUUAAAGACAAUGAGGACAUAUUCUGAAAAUGAAGAACUGCUCUCAAUGAUCUGCACUUUACUAAUGAUGAUUUCAGCCAGUGAAAUGGCUGCAGAAGCCCUGAGGAAAGCUGGGGUCAUCACAGAUGUUCUAUCAAUUAUAAGCAAUUUUCCUCAGAACAGACAGAUCUGCCUCUCUUGCUCCGGUAUUCUUUGGAGCUUGGCUGUGAAUGAAAGUAACAUGGGACAAGCAUCACUAAAAAAUGCUGUCCAGAUUAUCACUGGAGUCCUCCAAGAACACCGUGAGAAUGGAGAGGUGGUUGAGUCGGCUUGCUCUGCCCUCUGGGUUCUGACACUUCAGGGCUGCUUAACUGAAAACCAGUAUGAACCAACAACUCUGCUUCUGUUGGAUGCUCUUAGGAUGAACCCAGAAAGACCAGUGCUGGUGAAGAAUACGUGCUUGGCAUUGGCAAGCCUCCUAAGGAUAUCUGAGUUAUCUGCUUUCCGACUUAUAGUAACAGAUACAAAGGGCAGCGGAAUAAGCCUGAUCAAAGACUCCUAUCACUUUCACUGUGAUGAUCCAGAAGUGGUGGAGAACAUCUGUAUGCUGAUUAAUGAGAUGGUUCAGUAUGAUGACCUAGUGCUAGAGAUGAUCUCCCAGAACAUGAAGGAGCUGCUGACUGAAAUGAGAGUCAAGUUUACAUCCAGUAUGGAGAUAAUUACCCUUGUGGAUUCAGCACUUUUGAAACUGCAGAAGUAAGGAUGAUCAAGAAACAGGAUCUGAAAGAAAAAUAUUUCCCCUGUAAAGAAUGCAGUAGCAGGAUACUUUAUACAGCUGAGUGCACCACUCCCAUCGAUUCAAAGGACAGUUCACAACAUGAACAAGUAAGACUGCCGGUGUUUGGACAUCCUCAGUAUCCAAGAAUGAGAGCCCCAACCAAUUUGCAUAACGUGGCUCAGAUGGGAGCCAUCUUCGGGAGGUGCUGCCUGUGGAGCUUGUAUGCCCCAGCACAGAAUACUCCAAUCUGAUGCAAGUGGCCGUGUGUCUCUGUAUUAAUGAGGCCACGGGCCUCACCGUAGAACUUCAUAGACUGUGCUUUGGCCUUCCCUGAAUAUGCAAAUAACUUGAUCAACGUGCUGAUUCCUAGACUAGAAGGCAAUGUUAAAACUACAUAAAAUGUGCCAUGAGAGCUUUAAUGUCCCUAAAGAGCAGAUAAAAACAGACAAUCCUAAGGUUUCAUCUGAAAGACUCAGUCAUUGUAUAGUUGAAUAAUGCUGUACUUUAACCUACUCUGGAAUUACAAAGACCAAAUGGACCCAGCUACAAUCUGAACCUAUGGUUCCAGAGAGCGGAGGUGUUUUAACCUAAUGCUUCAGCUAACAUUCUGGGGUGACAAGUCAGUCACUGAAGACAAUGGCUUCAAAGCAGUAAAUAUCUAACUACGUACCUUUAAGUCAUUGUGGACAGCAUGCCCAACUAAAAUCCUUCCUCUUAAGAUGUCAGCCACCUCCUUCUGAACACUUUUAAACUCUGCUCCUAAAAAUUCAACACAUUUUCAGUAAGAGACAAAACAAAGCACAAGUUGUGAGACAGCAUUAGGAAGUGAAGUAUUUUAUGUGGUAGUCACUUCCUUGGGACCCAAGGUACUGGAGAAUGCAGAAUUCUUGUACACAGUAACCCCCAGCUUGCUCAUAACUACAGACUUGAAGAUGGCAGAACAGGCACACACAUGAACAGAAGUAGCAAUCAACUGAGAAACAGACUUCUACUUAUUGGCCUAAGACCACCCUUGCAUUUUUGUAGGCAAUGGUUACAGAAGUUACACUCUACUGGGGCAAUAAUGAUCACUCUGCAAGAAAGUGUCUCCACAGAAUGUAUUUUAUUCAUGAUCUAUUGUAGAGUUACCUUUCAUUUAGAUAUUUUAGGGUGUGCUGAGA